CCGGAUUACUUCCACGUACCACAUGGUAAAUAAAGAUUCAAUAGCUACCGUGCGACCGGAGGAGUCCAAGCCCUGAUCCACGUCCUUCCCUCCUGUAUUCCGUACUCCGUACUCCAAUUUCCCUUGGCCGAGUCCACGGUGGCACGGUCUGCCUGAAUGCAUCGGCAAGGUUGCCCUGGCCUAUGAUGAGACCUGUAGAAAGGGCCAGUUGAAUUGGCAAUGCCAAUCCUGCGCUGCCUGCACACCUGCAUGGAUGGCCUUUAUUAGUCUCGUCUGCCCAACAGAUUCUUCUAUUCGUGUUCAAUUCCUUCCUUUUUCUUCCAGUCCAUUCUUAGUAUCCCCUUACAGUAUCAUACCCCUAAUACUCUGUUUGCUGGACGAUGCUCUCCCGACUGCGUGCAAACUUGCCUAUAAUGUCUACAUUCUUUAGUUCUUCCAGCUCGCCCAAAGACACAGGCACCGAAUUGCCUGCUGAUCUGAAUAAGGGUGACACUACAACGACUGCCUCCCCCACGCUCGCUACUCAUAAUGUCUUGUCAUCCGAUACGGAGGCCCUACCCAAGAGAGAAAAGUCUCCCAAGCCAUCCAGCGAGAAAGAGAGCACCCUCGUCGAUGAAUCAAUUCGGGAUUCAACCGCUGCUGAAAAUACCAACAAGGAGACGACCCAAGACCAUCACCUGCCGGAGGUGGUUCCUAAUGAAGACUCGAAUAAAGAGUCUGUCGUGAAGAACGAUACCGAGAAAGAACCCACCAAGGAAGAAGACAAAAUAUCGAGUAAUGGCGAUGCAGAGAACACGGUCAAAGAGCCCGAGCCAGAAUACCCGACAGUAUUUAGACUGUUCCUCAUUACCAUUGCAUUGUGUCUUUGCGUGUUUUGUGUGGCAUUGGACAACACGAUUAUUGCGACAGCUAUCCCAAAAAUCACCGAUCAAUUCAGUUCACUCGAUGAUGUCGGUUGGUAUGGAAGUGCCUACUUGCUCACCACCUGCUCCGUCACCCUGAUGUUCGGCAAACUCUACACCUUCUACUCGAUCAAAUGGAUCUACCUGAUCGCUCUGUCCCUCUUCGAGCUCGGCUCACUGGUCUGCGCCGUCACGCCAAACUCUGUCGGUCUGAUCUGCGGCCGUGCCAUUGCUGGUCUGGGUUCUGCGGGCUUGUUCUCCGGUUCGAUCCUAAUCAUCACUCAGAGUGUCCCACUGGUGAAAAGGCCUAUUUACACUGGUCUUAUUGGAGGGAUGUAUGGAAUUGCUAGUGUUGCGGGUCCUCUUAUGGGAGGUGCUUUCACAGAUAGGCUCACUUGGCGCUGGUGCUUCUAUAUCAACCUGCCCAUCGGUGCCGUCACGUUCUUUUUCAUUCUCUGCUUCUUCAAGAGCUCCAAGGCGCUCAAGGAUACGAAGGGAUGGAAAGAGCAGCUCGCUGAGAUCGAUCUGCUUGGCUCUUUCUUCUUCCUGCCUGCCAUUAUCAGUCUGCUACUCGCCCUGCAGUGGGGUGGUACCAAGUAUCCCUGGAGCGAUGGCCGCAUCAUCGCUCUGUUCGUUGUCUUUGGCGUAUUAAUCCUCAUUUUUAUCGGUGUGCAAUGGAAGGGUCAGGAUCGUGCUACCGUGCCCCCAAGACUGAUCAAAAACCGAAACGUCUGGGGGUCGGCCUGGUACGCGCUGGCUAUUGGUGCAGCGUACUUUAUCCUGGUCUAUUACCUCCCCAUUUGGUUCCAGGCUAUCAAGGGCGCCUCGGCCGUGAAGUCGGGUAUCAUGAAUCUCCCCAUGAUCAUCGGUGUCGUGCUCGUCUCCAUUCUGGCUGGCGGCCUCGUCACUGCCUGUGGCUACUACACUCCUCUCAUGAUUGCCUCCUCGAUCAUUCUGACUAUUGGUGCUGGCUUGCUCUCUACCCUGGAAGUCAACUCCGGCCAUUCCAAGUGGAUCGGCUACCAGGCACUCUUCGGUAUUGGUCUCGGCCUGGGCAUGCAGGCACCCAUGAUUGUGGCACAGACUGCCCUCAGCGCUAGUGAUGUCCCCAGUGGCACCGCCAUUGUGAUGUUUGCACAAACUCUAGGCGGCUCAAUCUUCAUCUCCGUCGCCCAGAACAUCUUCCAGAACCAACUGCUCACGAACAUUCGUGCGGAUGCGCCAACUGCCAAUGCUGCCCAGCUUGUGGCAGCUGGUGCGACGAUGCUGCGGACUGUUGUUUCGGGACCCGUUCUGGAGCGUGUUUUGGAAGCUUACAACGAUGCCAUUACGCAGACUUUCUAUGUGGCAGUCGCCAUGGGUGCUCUGUCUCUCAUUGGCCCUAUCUUUGUCGAGUGGCUCUCCGUCAAGGGGAAGAAGGUUGAGAUGGCUGCGGUUUAAAGUCAUGGUAUCUGCAGAAGGCUGUCACGCAAAAGGUCUCCAUAGUCCAGGCUGCCUUCAUAAGUAAGGAGAUAUACUUUAAAGUAUAGAUUCUGCUGAAAGUUGAGUAUUCAAGGAUUCCAGGAAAUGUUCUUGAAAGAAAAGCAUCUCCAGCUCAUGAAUUACGAGCUCCCUCGACGUCCCCACACAAAUCCAACACAAUAUGCGCACCCAGAUAUCUCCCUUUCACUCAACCACGAAUACUUUUAGAUUUAAUCAAAAGACAAUUACUCGUUCUUCUCAUUUAACUGAUUAUAAUUAUGACCAGAAUAUACUAGUAAGGUAUGAGAUAUCGAUUUG